AUGGGUCCCAAAAGAGCUAAAGGAACGUUAUCAAAGAGAAGCCGGCAGCAGCGGCGCCUCGCGUCCGAGGCGAGUGAGGACGACGAAGGGAGCAAUCGCGGCAGGAGCGCCGGCUCCAUCCGGGAUGCGGGCGGCCGCAUCGGCGAGGCUGGCGCCGCCCGCGAGAACGUCUACUUCCGCAAGAUGGAUAACGAACUUAUCAACAAAUUGAAAGAGAGGAGGCUCAAAGAAAUUCAGGAACGUAAGGAUGAAAUUAAACAGCAUGAGAAGGCUAUAGCUGACGCAAAACGUGAACUUGAAGAACUCGAGAAGAAUUUAGAAGCUGACGAGUAA